AUGCCGUCCUCGGUCUAUGUCCCCGUUCUCGUCGCCGGCAUGCUCAUCACCGGCUCCAGUAACUCUCUCUGGAGCAAGUGGCAGGACAUGCAAUGCGUCGAAAACUGCAAUGACCCGGCUCCGGCAAACCGUGUCCUCUACGAGCAGCCUGUCUGGCAGACUCUCCAGAUGUUCCUCGGAGAAAUGCUCUGCUUCCUUCCUGUCAUCUACGCAUGGCUCGCAUCCAAGCGCGCUCGCCCCGCCCUCCAGCUCCCACCUGAUGCAGAGGAAGAGCCCGCCGACGGUGCAAAGGCUCAGCUCUCCGUACAGCACCUUUCUGGCUGGAAGGUUCUUCUCCUCUGGUUCCCUGCAGCCUGCGAUCUUACUGGUACCACGCUUAUGAAUGUCGGCCUGCUUUACACUCCGGUCUCGAUCUAUCAGAUGACUCGUGGCGCUCUCGUCCUCUUCGUUGGCGUCUUGUCUGUGGUCUUCCUUCGCCGCCGGCUAUGGCUUUAUCAGUUGAGUAUCCCUUCUGUUUCCCCACCAUUGUUCCCAAUUAAGCAUAUCCACACAUGGAUGUCCCUUGUUACCGUUAUGGCGGGGGUUUCACUCGUAGGCUACAGCGGGUCCCUGAUCAAGGAUGCUAUCAGGGAACCAGACGUAGCUAGCCCGGCCUUUAUGGAGGAUGUGCCGCCACAGCCUAUUGAGGAGCCGGAGAUCACAAAGGUCCUCGUCGAGAAGAUCAUGGCUCGCUACUCCGUCGCUCCGCUGGUUGCCGUCGGCUGGGAAGGCCUGUUUGGUGCACUGACGAUCGUGCUUGCGAUGCCGCUUCUCGCCCACUAUUCGUAUAUCUCACCCUUCUUCGACCUUCCGCGCGGGUGGACGCAGAUGAUCAACACGCCUGCGGUGCUUUGGAGCGGAGUGGUCAUCGCAAUCAGCAUCUCGCUUUUCAAUUUCUUCGGGCUUAGCGUGACGCGACAUGUUAGCGCGACGGUGCGGAGUUUGACAGACACGUGUCGGACGCUGAGCAUAUGGAUCGUGAGCUUGGGCUUGGGGUGGGAGAAGAUCGUUUGGCCGAUCUCAGUGCUCCAGGUGUUUGGGUUUGGGUUGCUGGUAUACGGAACGUUCCUCUUCAAUAACCUUGUCACACUGCCGUUCUUCCUACGACCCGCAGCCGAAAGCGUUCCUACGGUAGACCCCUCUGAGGAUGUAGAAGAGAAUCGUGGGCUCCUCGCAGAACACGUGCUGGAUGAGACUGCUGCGCUGCCUGCCGACUUGGGCCAGAGCGGGUUCGACGCUCUACCGCCGCAGGAGCAUGCUGGUGCAGAGGCGCCGACGACGCGGCGAUGA